AUGCGGUGGUUAAAAACUCAAAACGUUCCAAAAAGUUUUGCUCAUAUAAAAAGUAUACUUUUAUCAAAAUCAACAGCUGAUAUUUUACCACCAUCUUAUUUUUGUUCUAAAUAUGAUAGAAUGUCGGCUAAUGAAACGCAUUGUUUCAAUAUCAACUGUGAUGAAUAUAAAGGUUUUCGUAAAAAACCACCUAUACUGUGUGGUAUCAAUAAUAGUGGCUUUCAAAAGAUGUCCCUGAUGACUUACAGCGUGUCAUUAGCGAGCUCCAGCAAGUUAUCACAAUAGAUUAUAGACGAAACUACUGAGUAAUUUCUUUACUGAUCUAUUCAAAUUUAGAAGUCGUAAAUUUACAGUCUUUGCCAUCAAAGAAUGAAUCAAACAAUUCAGAAUCUAGAUGCUGAUAAGGUUGGAAAAUAUUUACUUUCUUUAUCAUGAUAUAUAGCUUAUAUGUACAUAUAGCAGCAGAAUAUAUUAGUGAAUAAUCCUCUAAAUAAUAAAUGGCGUCAUUUAAGUGCCUAUAUAUGAAGUGUCUUUUCAUCGUUGAAAAUAAUUAUAAACGAGUCGAAUAAGACGACUGUAUUUCACGUCGCUGAAGCACAUCGAAAGACUAUUUGAAAAAUGCAUCUCCUUUCACUUUUAAUUGUACUCGCUGCCAUUUUUUUCGAAGUAAAUAGUUUGGUUCUGUCAUCCGAGGUGAUUUACGUCAACCAGACACAGCCCAAAAGUUUCAACUGCCUAAUACAAGCACAACGCUUCUAUCGAAAGUUUCAGACUAUUUAUACAUUUAACCUUAGUGCAACUACGGUUUAUAUUCAAAUUCCAGGCCUCGUUUUCCCUUUUCAGCAUCAAACACCCAUGCUCUAUCGUAUCCGAUAUCAAGCUGUUUGUCGAAUACUGAAAACUCAUAUGUUCAUCCGAAUACGUGUAGACAAUCAUUUAAUAAACGGUGAUAAGCUCAUUUCAGACAUGUCACAUGGCGAUGGUGCCGAUGGCUCAUUUUCUUCAAACAACAAUAUAAGUCAAUGGUUUCAAUGUUCAAAAACUGACAUAAUUUAUCUGUCAGGUGGACUACAUGUGGUCGAUGUUGUGGCUAAAGGUGAUGGAUCUGAGAUAUCGGGUGGAUUUUUGACGGUUGAGCUGACGCAGUAUGAAGAAGGAGUAGACAUUAACUUACCUGUGACAAACUUGCCGAAGUUAGUGUGAACACAGCGACAGUUUCUGUAAAACUAAAUUAUAUGUAUGAAGUUUACAGUAAGAUACUGUGAAAGCGCCGCUAUUUUUUGUAUUCUUUUUAUCAAUAAAAACACCAACUUGAAAUUGACGGUAAACAUAUAUAGCUGGUUUCUUGGUACUUAUAACAAAUCAAGAAACACGUUAGAGAUCAUGUCACAGAGUAGUGUCCUGCGGGGAAGAUUUUAGGGUGUGGGAUGUGGGUCUGGGUGUGG